AUGAUACUCGAGAACGCUAAAGAAAUAACAAUAAAUGAGGACAUUGAAAAAGAGAUAUACGAAUGCUUCUCCUUAUUUGACACAAACAAAUGUGGGUACAUCGACAUUCGCGAAUUUUACUUCGCACUUAAGUCGCUAGGUCUUAAUUUUAAAAAAGAUGAAGUAAAACAUAUUUUCCUCCAAAUAAAAACAAAUAUUGAUGACAAGUUGAAUUUCGAUGAAUUUUUUGAAAUUGCGUCCAAACACAUUCAUAAGAGAUACAACGAGGAAGAAUUGGAGCACAUGUUUUCUCUCUUCGAUCCCAAUGAUACAGGAAAAAUAACACUAUCCUCCUUGCGAAACGUUUGCAUUGAUAUAGGGGAAAACAUUGACGAUGCUGAAUUAAAUAACAUGAUCGAGUUUGCUGACAGAAACAAUGACAAGGUAAUAGACAAGGAUGAAUUCAAAAAAGUCCUCCUGAGUGCAUGGAAAAAUGAUCCACUAAGUGAUAUAGACUCGGAUUAA